GAAUUUCGACCUUGAACCAGUUUGUCCAGGAGUGGUGCUGGGUACCAGGAGCCAAUGGCAUCGCUGGGGUUGGACCCGUGCGUAAAAAACAGUCAUCAUGCCUUCAAACACCGCUGCCAGCAUGUUCGGUGGAGCCGGAGGAAGGGGCGCCAGGGCGUCCGUGGCGAGCUUGGAGGGGCUGCGUAACGUGAUGCGCAACGAGACGGAAAAGGACUCCGCACCUGUGCCGCCCGCCGCUUCUGCAAAACCCGCCGCUUCCCCUGCUCCCGCCGCCCCCGCGGACGACAAGCAGACACUGCGGGGUCUGAACGACCGGCUGUCCGGCUACCUGGGCAGGGUGAGGCAGCUGGAGAAGGAGAACAAGGAUCUGCAGGACCAGAUUGAUGAGAUUUUGGCCAAAAGGAAAACACCUGAGGGACGCAACUGGGAUAAGGUCGAGAAACCGCUGGAGGAGCUCAAGAAGAAGGUCAAAGACAUCGCCAUGGACAAUGCCAAGCUGCUGCUCCAGAUUGACAACACCAAACUGGCCAAUGAGGACUUCAAGACCAAGCUGAAUGAUGAGAAAAAGGCACGGAAGGCGAUAGAAAAAGACCUGGAGGAGCUGAAGAAGACCAUCGAGGAAACCAAGUUGAACCGCAAGCAGACAGAGAAAGAGAUCGAUCUGGUGAAGGAGGAGCUGGCUCGCCUCGAGCAGGAUCACAAAAAUGAGGUGGAUGUCCUGCGUGAGAAGAUCAAGGACUCUGAGGUGAAUGUGGAGCUUGACUCACAGAACUCCAAUCUGGCUGAGAUUCUCGACAAGAUCCGCAGCCAGUACGACAAACUGGCCGAGAAGAACCUGAGGGAGACCGAGGAGUGGUACAGGAGCAAGUUUGACAACAUCAAGGUGGUGGAGGCCCAGAAAUCUGAGGCUUUGCAAUCUGGAAAGACUGAGCUCCAGGAUCUGAUCAAACAGAAACAAUAUCUGGAGAUUAAGAUCCAGACUGCGUACAGCAUGAUCCACAAUCUGGAAGAAACCCUGAGGAUGACCAAAGUGGAGUACGGUCAGCGGCUGUCCCAACUCAACAAGGUGAUCCUGAACCUGGAGGCAGAGCUGAAGGAGGUGAGGUCCCAGGUGGAGCAGCAAGUGGAUGUCAACAAGGACCUGCUUUGUGUCAAGAUGAAGCUGGAGGCAGAAAUCAAUAACUACCAGCAACUGAUGCCCGCCAUGACCACCGAUGGCGACAGCUCGGAGCUUUCUUUAGAGGAUGCGCUGCACAGCGACCAGCGAAAGCCUGAUAAGGUGCCCAAACAGCAAGAAGAGGUAAAAGAAGAGGCCCUUGUGAAGCAAGAAAACUCUUCAUCCGAUAAAUCCACUCCUCCUGAAGCCCCCAAAGCAGAUAAAGAGCUCAUCAAGGCAGAAACAGUUGCUGACAACAGUGAAGCGGCCCCGAUCGAGCCAAGCAAAGCCCCCACUGAAAAGAAGAAACCUAAGACCAAAACUAAGAAGGGAUCAUCCUCUUCUUCUUCCUCCUCCUCCUCCUCCUCCUCCUCCUCUUCCUCAUCUUCCUCUUCCUCCUCUGAGUCCGAGAAUGAAGAUAAAAAGCCCAAGAAUGAGGGUGAAGUGGCCAAAGCUUGAUUAUUUUCAAUGUCACUCAAUCAGGUUUCAUAUUAAACUUCUGUCCUACUGUUACUGUCAAAUCUAUGAAGUUACUUUGAGGUUGUUGAUUUGUAUUUUCUCAGAUAUCAGUGAAAU